CCUACUUAGCGGUGUAUCUCGUGUAUCGUAUUCGCUCGAUGUGCUCGGGGGAAUUUACGGGGCGAAAUUAAAGUCGUCUAAUGAAAAGGGUCACGGGUCCUCGUAGAUAAGGAAACGCGCUUCAGCGUGCCGUGAUUAAAGAUAUUUAAAAAGGUAUUAACAUGCGUGAGCGAGUGGCGACGUUUUUAUCGAUUGCAUUACUUAUGCAUGUGUGCCUCGAGGAAGAGUAUUCUUUGGCUGUACACAUAUAUCGUUACGGAGUGUAUAAGGUUUUGGCAGUGUUGCUUCUAUCUGUGAUUCCAUGGCCGGGCCCCAGUGUCUUUAAGAUAUCAUGCCCCCGCGAUCGAGCGUCUGUAGUGAGGAGGAUAGUUCACAAGAGAUGGAUGCCAAUACUGAAGAAAUAUCAGGUAGAAUUACCGUUGGAAUGCCCGUUCCACGAGAGUCGGGAUAUUUUUCGGCCGCAACAAAAGGCGAAGCAUCAGCACAGGCCGUCCCAAUGGACCUGCGGCCUUUGCGGCAAGUCCUUCUACGCCGAGAAACAUCUGGACGCCCACUUCGAUAACAGACACAAAAGCAAUGUUAAUACGGCAGAAGACGCGGUAUGCCUAGCGGACUACUGCGACAUUAUGCGCUGCGAGGUGCUGGGCAACCGCGACUUCGAGAACUCGGUGGACGACGACGGUGGUCACCUGAACACCGACAUCCAGGUGUGGCGCGAAAAUACCGAGCAGCAGAAGCAGCAGCAACAACGGCGCAGCACUUCUGUCGUGCCGUGCGGGUCGCGUGGUCUCGCCAGGAUGUAUCCCGCAGAUAAGUCCUGCACUAUCACCGGUGGUGGAGCGGUGACGAAUCUGCAGCGUUACUGCCGUCGCGACGACCACCACGACGACGGUGACAUGCACAAUCACAGACUGGCGAGAUCGUCCUAUCACAACGAGAUCGCCGAAACGGACAGUAGGAAUAUUGACUGCGAGGAGGAAGAGGAGGAGGAGGAGGAGGACGAGGAGGAGAUGGAAGAUGAGGAGAAUCUGGUGGAAGCGGCGCUGCCCGCCGUCGACAAGAAACGGAGACGGCGGGGGCUGCAUUUGAGGAAGCUAAAGUCCAACUGCAAGCCGGAAGAGCUGCAGAAGCUGAAGACCCAAUGCGAAAUACUCGUGCGUGAUUGCAUCGCCGGACUGCUCGCUAAUCUCUCCUUACGGGAUUUCCAAGAAAUCGAAGGGGAGCUAAAUCGAGCGAUCUGCUGGUAUCUCAGCUGCGACAGAUACUGGGAGGACACGAAAAGACCGCAGCGUCACACGCCCUGGUACCUGCUGACUGUCUUCAUGCUGCUCCUAUUUUCGUCGAUUUACGCGUGUUACUACGUAAUCUGGGUUUGCUUCAACACCGCGGACGAAGAUAGACUGGACGGUACCGGCAGCGUGGAUUACAACGGAAGCACGGAUCGCUCGAGUACUUCUCCGUUGCAUGACCCGAAUAUUCAUAACGAGGGCAGGCUGGACAGACGGAAGGGCGACCACGGGGACGAGAACCUGCCCUUAUCGAGCGAGGACAUGCCCGAUCACUACAUCUACGUCUCAUACCCGCCCGAGCUGAAGCGGCGACUUCUCGAGAGUGAUCCUCCUGCUUACAGCUGCUACAACAGGACCACUCGUCUUUAAACCGACGGAGUCGAGCUAGGAAGGAAGUACUUACGCGACGAAAUUAAAAUCUUAUCCGGGAUCUGCACACGGGAAGGUACUCGAGGCUCAACUCCUCACUCUCAUUUUUCUCGUUAUUCUCGUGUUUUGUAUACCGAAUGUGAAUAAAUUGCAUCGUGGACACGACAGCAACUGUUCGUUCCAUUUCUCUGUACUUUUUUAUCAUGUAAGAACUUUGCGCUGCACUGUCAUGUGACGUUUAAGAGGUGAAGCGCAGGGAUAUACGUGUUCAAUAUAUACGAUUACGAUAA